CGGACUCCCUCCCGCCCCUCCGCCCGCCGCGCACCUCCGCGCACCGCUCGCCCGGCUCCAGCCGCCGCCGCACGGAGCGGCGGCAUGGAGGCUCUCACCACUCAACUGGGGCCGGGGCGCGAGGGCAGCUCCUCUCCAAACUCCAAACAGGAGCUGCAGCCUUAUUCGGGCUCCAGCGCCCUCAAACCUAACCAGGUGGGAGAGACGUCGCUGUAUGGGGUGCCUAUCGUGUCUCUUGUCAUCGACGGCCAGGAGCGCCUAUGCCUGGCGCAAAUCUCCAAUACUCUUCUCAAGAACUACAGCUACAAUGAGAUCCACAACCGACGAGUGGCUCUGGGUAUCACGUGCGUGCAGUGUACGCCGGUGCAGCUGGAGAUUCUACGUCGGGCCGGGGCCAUGCCCAUCUCCUCACGCCGCUGCGGCAUGAUCACCAAGCGCGAGGCCGAACGCCUGUGCAAGUCAUUCCUGGGCGAGCACAAACCACCCAAACUGCCUGAGAACUUUGCCUUUGAUGUGGUGCAUGAGUGUGCUUGGGGCUCGCGUGGCAGCUUCAUCCCUGCGCGUUACAACAGUUCGCGUGCCAAGUGCAUCAAGUGCGGCUACUGCAGCAUGUACUUCUCGCCUAACAAGUUCAUCUUCCACUCGCACCGCACACCCGAUGCCAAGUAUACUCAGCCCGACGCCGCCAACUUCAACUCGUGGCGUCGUCACCUCAAACUCAGUGACAAGUCGGCCACAGACGAACUGAGCCACGCUUGGGAGGACGUCAAGGCUAUGUUUAAUGGUGGCACGCGCAAGCGGACCUUCUCGCUGCAAGGAGGUGGCGGAGGAGGCGCUAAUGGCGGGUCCGGUGGUCAAGGGAAGGGUGGAACUGGUGGCGGUGGUGGCGGGGGUCCAGGGUGCGCUGAAAUGGCCCCAGGCCCACCGCCCCACAAAAGCCUGCGCUGUGGUGAAGAUGAGGCGGCCGGGCCUCCGGGUCCACCUCCUCCCCACCCACAGCGCGGACUUGGCCUGGCGGGAGGAGCUAGCGGCCCGACAGGCCCUGGAGGGCCUGGUGGCAGCGCAGGCGUACGUAGCUACCCUGUGAUCCCGGUGCCCAGCAAAGGCUUUGGCCUCUUGCAAAAGCUGCCCCCGCCACUUUUCCCUCAUCCUUAUGGUUUUCCCACGGCCUUCGGCCUAUGCCCCAAAAAGGAUGACCCAGUAUUGGGUGCAGGUGAACCCAAGGGCGGCCCUGGCACAGGGAGCGGCGGCGGCGCGGAGCCCCUGGACGGUGCUGAGUCAGCCAAGGACAGCGGCCUUGGAGCUGAGGAGCGCUGCCCCAGUGCAUUGUCCCGCGGGCCCCUGGACGAGGACGGCGCUGACGAGGCACUACCACCACCCCUGCCCCCCCUGGCCCCUCCACCGCCUCCGCCAGCACGCAAGGGCUCUUACGUGUCUGCCUUCCGACCUGUGGUCAAGGACACCGAGAGUAUUGCCAAGCUGUAUGGUAGCGCCCGAGAGGUGUACAGCGCGGGGCCUGCUCGUGGGCCAGGGCCAGGCGCGGGGACAGGCGGCGGCUACGUGAGCCCAGAUUUUCUGAGCGAGGGCAGCUCCAGCUACCAUUCCGCCUCGCCCGACGUGGACACCGCGGACGAGCCGGAGGUGGACGUGGAAUCCAACCGCUUUCCCGACGAUGAGGGUGCCCAGGACGAGACCGAACCUAGUGCGCUCAGCGCGGGAGGUGGCCCAGACGGGGACCAGCCCACUGGGCCCCUCUCUGCUGCUUCCUCAGGCGCAGAUGGCCCCACAGACUCUCCCGAUGGCGGUAGCCCUCGGCCCCGGCGCCGCCUCGGGCCUCCCCCAGCUGGCGGGUCUGCAUUUGGUGACCUGGCAGCGGAUGAUGUGGUGCGGAGACCUGAGAGAAGCCCGCCAAGCGGCGGCUACGAGCUUCGAGAGUCUUGCGGGCCCCUGGGAGGCCCCACGACGGCCAAGGUAUACGCGCCGGAGAGGGAUGAGCACGUGAAGAGCGCCGCGGCGGCGCUGGGGCCCACUGCCUCCUACCUCUGCACCCCCGAGGCCCACGAACCAGAUAAGGAAGACAAUCACUCGACCGCCGAUGAUUUGGAAACGAGGAAAUCCUAUUCAGACCAAAGGAGUAUCUCCCAGCCAAGUCCCACAAAUACAGACCGAGGUGAAGAAGGGCUUACCUUGGAUGUCACAGGAACUCAGCUGGUGGAGAAAGAUAUUGAAAACCUGGCCAGAGAAGAAUUGCAAAAAUUGCUCCUGGAGCAAAUGGAUCUCCGAAAGAAGCUGGAGCGGGAAUUUCAGAGUCUCAAAGAUAAUUUUCAGGAUCAAAUGAAGAGGGAAUUGGCUUAUCGAGAAGAAAUGGUGCAACAGCUGCAAAUUGUCAGAGAUACUCUAUGUAACGAACUUGACCAGGAGCGGAAGGCGCGCUACGCCAUACAGCAGAAAUUAAAAGAAGCCCACGACGCCCUGCACCACUUCUCCUGCAAGAUGCUGACGCCCCGCCACUGCACUGGCAACUGCUCCUUCAAGCCCCCACUGUUACCCUAGGGCCGGCCCGGCCGCGCCCACGCGCCCUCAAGCCAUGCUGCUCCUUCUUGUAAAUACCCGCUGCCGUGGCGGCCCAGAGCGAGGAACAAGCCAUUCGGACCCGACCGAUGUAAAUACAGCCGCCCGUCCGCCUGUCCGCCGUCCUCCUCCCGGGCGCCCGGCCUUGUCCGGACCUUCCCGGGCGUCCCAGUCCAGGGCCCCGGCUCAGUUUCCAAGUGUAAAUACCGCCUCGCCCCUCGGUUGAACUCCAGGGCAUCGGACCUCAAGGGGUUAACUGGACCCACGGGGGUGGUGGGAGGAGGGAAGAGGGAGGACAUCUCCCACCCCCCACCCGGCCCACGUACAGCCUCGGACCCCAAUUGUGAAUACAAUGUAGCGACUUCGCUGGCGCCGACCCCGCGCUCCCAAGUCCCGUCCACUCUCUUGUUCCUAAUGACUAAGUGGCUAUGUGCAAUGGAUAUAAAUGUACUGUGAGUCUCUUGGUUCAGUAUUAGAUUCACUUUUUAUUUAUACUCUAAGUUGUUUUUCUUUCUUCUCCUGGACCUACUUCCAGUCCCCUUUGCAUCCCCCCGCUUUGGAUUUUAUUUAUUUAUUUAUUUAUGUUGUAGUUGUAACUUCUCGAUGUAACAGCACUUUAAAAGGGCGACAACUGACUCACGAGAUGGCGACCACCUUAAGCCUGUUUGGGGAGACCACCCUGUAUCCGAGACUUUUGUUUUUAAUAAAAAAGAAAAUCUGUCAA